AUGAGCUGGAACAGCAGCUCUGUGCUGUGUGCAAGGAUGCGAAGAAGGCCGUGCUUUUCCUCCCCUGUCAGCAUCUUUGCGUUUGCGAAGGCGCUCCUGCUUCGGCGUGUUCCUGUUUGUUUGAAAGGCAUCUUCCACAAAUCACAAGCGCAGUAG